AUGGCAGUCAACCAAGUGCUUGUCUCGGUAAUAUCUAUCCUCCAGGAUGCAAAAAUACCAGUAUGUGUGAUUGGAGAGCUAGCUCUCAACUACUAUAAUGUGCCACGAGUGGUGCAUGACCUCGAAUUUUGUGUUCCAGAGGCUUCUUUGUCAACCGCGGUAUCUACUCUUUGCUCCACCGGCCAGUAUAGACCUCGUCCGGAGAUGGAGUACGAUAUCUUCACGCAAUACAAAAAGGGGUUCCCUGCCUUGCGCGUACAGUCCCAUCCCAGUCUUGCUAUUGUACUGUUUUCAGAUACCUUUUUCCACCUUUCGCCGGUGGAGCAGAUGAUUGUACCCCGUUCCGAACGAUCCGGUAUUUCAGUUUACAGCCGUCAAAUCCUGGAUCAAGUCCCUGGAAAAGCACUGGAAAUCAUCACCUUUCCCCGUCUAUCGCCUUAUUUCAUUGGUCUGUGUCGAAGAUUUUUUGAAUCUGGCGACGACAUGGCCAGAAUUGCUGCAGAGCAACUGGUAGGCGGUAUGAAAUUGGAUGAAGCAUGGAUCCAGCUUAACCUGAGCGAGGCCUCACCGAAAGUGCAGUAUCUAGCAAGCAUGCUAGUAGACGAACGAUUUUCUUCUGCGGACGAGUUCUGGGAUCUACAAACAUCACCUUUCGCGGCAAGCGACCGGGAAGAGGAACUCCAAUGUAUUCCUGGAUCGGGAUUCCAAUAG